GUAUCGUUGCCUAUCAGUAGCCGUGCAGUUUCUAUUAAAACCUGCCGAAAAGAAGCUACAGUCCAUAUGAAAUAUAUACAUUUAAAAAAAUCUCACACGGUCUUUCAAUACUUGAUCUACGUUUGUACCGUGCAUUUUAUUUUCAAACUAGGCCAGUGGUUCCCAAACUUAUCUUUACUUGUGGCACACAUUAGAGGAAAUAUAAAUAUUUUGUGCAUAAAGUCAAAAAAUGUACUAAAAGAAGGGGGAAAAUGAAUGAUACUUCAAAAUCUACAAAAAGUGUUGGUGCCAUUGCAAGAUACUUCAAAAGAUACUGUGAGAUUCACCAAAGUUUGCUAGAUCGAGCAACUCCACAUGUCACAGUUCGAUGGGUUGUAGCGUUACUUCUAGCUCUCUUCUACUGUAUUCGGGUUUAUCUAUUACAGGGCUGGUACAUUGUGACAUAUGCAUUAGGAAUUUAUCUUCUGAAUUUGUUCAUUGCAUUCCUUACACCCAAAAUAGACCCUGCCAUAGAUGACACAGCUGAAGAUGGACCAUCAUUACCAACAAAAGUUAAUGAAGAAUUCCGGCCUUUUAUGCGCAGAUUACCAGAAUUUAAAUUCUGGUGAGUAGCAUAGUACAAUUUG